AAAGAGGGAGAAAACAACUAAAGUAGAUUAAUUAAUUGUUUUGGAAUGUGCGUUAUAAGGAUACAACAAUGAGAGUCCUUCUCCGUGGCUGCAAAGGUCUUCGGCGGUCCUAUCUCGUUGCUCCCAUACUACUCCUUCUCUUGGUCGGUGCUGCCUUGACUGCCCUCCUGCCUUCCGUCGAGGACCGGGGCCAUGUCGGGGCCAUGGGAGCCCUUCGCCAUAGAGCCACCGCCGGCAACAAUGCCAACGCCAUUCCCGGGCGCCAAACGGAAGAGGAGGACGCCACCGCAUUUACCAUAGUCAUACAGACGUAUAACCGUACCGACGUCCUGCUGAAACUGCUCAACCAUUACCAGGCGGUGCCACACCUGCGGCGGGUCAUCAUCGUGUGGAACAACAUUGGGGAGCGGACCCCUCAAGAGCUCUGGGACGCCCUGGGGCCCCAUCCCAUCCCUGUGGUGUUCAAAGAGCAGAGCGUCAACCGCAUGCGCAACCGCCUGCAGCCAUUUGCUGAGAUCGAUACCGACGCUGUGUUGAUGCUGGAUGAUGACACGUUGGUCAGCGUUCCAGAUAUCAGUUUUGCCUUCUCUGUGUGGAAGCAAUUCCCAGAUCAGAUAGUUGGAUUUGUCCCCCGUAAACACGUUACCACGGUGACGGGGGUCUACAGCUACGGCAGCUUUGAACUCCAGGACCCAGAGAUGGGAGGAGGUGACAGAUACUCCAUGGUGCUGAUCGGCGCCGCCUUCUUCCACCACCGCUACCUGCAGCUCUUCCAGGAGCAGCCGCCCGAGGUGCAUGCCCUGGUGGAUGACACGCAGAACUGCGACGACAUCGCCGUGAACUUUGCCGUGGCAGCGGAGCUACAACGAGGUUCUGGGGCCAUAAAAAGUAGACCCUCUGGCAUCUUUGUGAAGCCCGUGGAUAUGCGCAAUCUGGAGAGGGACGCCAGCAGCGGGUACCUAGGCAUGUGGCACCGUCCCGAACACCUGCUCCAGCGCUCCUACUGCCUGAACCGGCUGGCACAGAUCUACGGCGCAAUGCCCCUGAGGUACUCUAACAUGAUGCUGUGCCAGUUUGGCUUCCCAAGCUAUGCCAACCACAAGGGCAGGGGCUGACUGGCACAGGGAGGCACGGACUGGCAUUGACAGGUGUCGAACACAGCGGACAUUCAGGCGAGAGAAGGGAUUCCUUAUUAUGACCUCAUCGGGACUAGAUCUCUGAGACGGUUACCUCCAGGACCAGACGCUGACAACACGGCAGAUGGUCCAACAAGCGGUGCCUUACUAAAGAUGGACUCUUUACGUUAACCUGUUCUUGACAAUCUGACAGACAAGAUAUCAGUAUUAAACCAGAGGACUUUUGCUGUUGCCAAAAUCAUAAGAUAUCACGUGGCACGGUUGAUAGAUAGACUUUAGUUGGUGCAAAUGUUUUUAUUGCCAGCUGAUGGCAGCAUUGUAAUAUGCACAUUCGCACAGGGUAUGUACUGUAACUGUUCAAAAGUCAGAUUUUACUUUUGCCUUUGUGUCAGUACUUACACUCCCAUGACAGGCUUAACUUGUCAGGUAUUCAGAUGUGUAUUUGA